AUGGCAGCCAUGGCCGCCGCUAACAUCAUGUCUCCUACUUCUGCGUCUCCAACACCAACGUGGCACCACUUCGACCGAAAGGUCGAAGAGGUCAAGCCGUCCAAAGCUGACAUUAACUCUCUAGUCAUGGACUACCUUGUGACCAAUGGCUAUCCUGCUGCAGCAAAAAGAUUUGCCGUCGAGGCCAACAUCCAGCCGAAAGCUGAUAUUGGGUCGAUUCAGGAACGAGUCGAGAUUCGCAGUGCGAUCCACUCGGGUGAUAUCCAAACAGCCAUUGAAAAGAUAAACGAGCUGAACCCUCAGAUUCUGGAUGCGGAUCCAUCCCUCCACUUCUCGUUACUUCGUCUGCAGCUUGUGGAACUGAUUCGUAAAUGUACUUCCACUCCUAAUGGGGACAUUACCCCCGCGCUGGAAUUUGCAACGUCUCGACUUGCUCCGCGGGCACCAACCAAUCCUCAAUUCCUUGAGGACUUGGAACGUACUCUGGCCCUUCUAAUCUUCCCAGCGGAAAGUUUGACACCAGCACUGGCUGCUCUUCUUCAUCCCGAUCUGCGCAAGGAUAUUGCCACUAGGGUCAACCAAGCCAUUUUGGAAAACCAGGGCGCUCGUAAAGAGGCUCGACUGCGCAAUUUGGUCAAGCUUCGUGCUUGGGCGGAGCAAAAGGCUCGAGAGACAAAGCCCGGAAUUCCCGAUCAUCUUGACAUCGGACUCUGUAACGAUAAAUCAAAGUCGAAUGACCACCGCCAUUCCAGUGCAAAUGGCAAUUCUGAUGAUGCCGUCAUGACAAACGAUGGGACCAUCGACCCCAUGAUUGUGUAA